CCCGUACCACUCGCGUUGCUGUGUUCGCGCGGGGAUUUUCAUGAUCGCACGAUCAAACUCAUCGUACGAUCGUUAUUAAGCAUUUCAUGUGCCAAAUAGGACACUCUUGAAGAUAUCUGUAUGUUUGAACUCGUCGCACGACGAGAACGCAUCGCGCCAUCGUACGAUCGCUGCCAAUUAGGACGCCGCCUAAGGCUGAACUUCACAAACAUCUUUUGCGGACGCAACACAUAACAAGUAUCUGGCGUAACGCACAUCUGAAAACUCCAAUAUUUUUGUUGCCUGGAAGAACGGUUGGACUAUAAGAGAUGAAAAGUAUGAAUUUAAAUGGUUUGCCACAAACGGUUUUGGAAGCAAUUAAAACUGGCCAAACUCCAGAAAACAGCGCCAAUAACGAAGAUGAUGAACCGAUUUAUGACCCAGAAAUGUUUUCGAAUACGAUGUACCAUACAAAAAUGUUGGACAUGUAUAGAUGAAUCAGCCCAAAUGAUUACGAUGUUCACGAUUGAUGAGCAUGUGAUGCAGUACAGCACAUUAUUGACCUACAUCCUCGUUGGGGUACUGUUCGUAGUUGUGGGCUUCAGGCCCCCUUGGUGGAACAAGAAGUCGUCUAGUUCCAGCCACUGCUACGACGAGCGAGCUGCGCAAAAUAUCCCAGGUAACUAA